AUGCUGUACGUCUACCUUUUGGUGUUUAGUGUGUCUGGUGUAACCUGCUCAGAGCUGCUGAGCCGCCAGAGAAGGACUUGGAUUAUUGACACCUUUAGUAUUGAGGAGGGACAUCCAGGGCCAUUCCCAUAUGUGUUGGGCAAGAUUAAUAUCGAGCGGAGGUACCGUGUUUAUUUUGAACUCUAUGGCGAAGGAGUGGAUGAGGAGCCAAAGGGAGUCCUUUCCAUCGAUAGAGCAACUGGCACUGUGUCUGUCCACAAGGCUGUGGACUAUGAGGAGAUGAAAGUCCUCAAGCUGAGAUUCGAGGCCAAAAGGACUGAUUUAUCACUGGACACAAAAUUAGGGGUUGAAAUCAGCAUAUUAGAUAUCAAUGACAACCCGCCCAGCUUCCAGAGAGAUCUGUAUGAAAUCAGCAUUGGAGAGGAAAGGGCACAAGGAUCAUAUCUUCUGUCUGUGCUAGCCCAUGACCGAGACAAGGCAGGGACACCAAACUCAACCUUCCACUAUGAAAUCAAAUCCAUGUCCCCGAACCCACCAGAUGCUGAAUUCUUCAUUAAUGACCUUGGGGUGAUCUCAUUCAAGGGCUGUCUGGAUUACGAGGUGGGUGAAACAUAUACAGUGGUGGUGGAGGCCAAAGACCAUGGGGAAGUGGUAAGCCUGUCGAGCUCAACCACCAUUCUCAUCCACGUCCAGGAUGGAAACAACCACCUCCCGUCGAUCAGCGGGCAGACAGGCACUGACAAAGUGAGAGAGGGGGAGGCCGGCUUUUCUCUCGUCCGGCUGCACGUCACAGAUGGAGACUCCCCCAACACUGCGGCGUGGAGAGCCAAAUACUUCAUCCAUGGUGACGAGGGAGGGCACUUCAAGAUAGAGACUGACCCAGAAACCAAUGAUGGAAUCCUGACAGUAGUAAAACCUCUGGACUUUGAGGAAGGAGCAGAGAGGGAGCUGUCCAUCUCGGUGGAGAAUGAGGUGCCGUAUUUCUCCUGUAAGGUGAAGGAGAAAACCUCCUCAGGUCUGUGGACGGUCGACACCAGUGGAGGUGAAGCUGAUUCAGUUCAGCCUCAGUUUGUGAAUCUCAUCAUUCAAGUCGAGGACACGAAUGACCCGCCGGUGUUCAAAGUGACUGUCAAAGAGGCCAAGCUGGAGGAGAAUGCACCCAUUGGAACCUGGGUCGAGACAGUGACCGCCGUUGAUCCAGACACUGCCCUUAAUACAUCUUUCGUCUAUAUGAUUGGAGAUGAUCCUGAUGGCUGGGUGACAGUGGAUCCUGAGACCGGCCGUAUCACUACAGUCAAGCCACCAGACAGAGAAUCUCCUAAUGUGGUUAACGGGGUUUACACCGUCAUCGUGCAUGCUGUAGACAAUGGUGAGCCACCUAUGACAGGCACAGCCACAAUGCUGAUUCAUGUGAAGGACCAGAAUGACAACGUGCCACAGCUGACAGUGGAUCACGUGGAUAUGUGUGUGUCUGAAGGCGCCUCCACUACCAGCAUCACAGCCUUUGACCCCGACGAUGAGCCCUUCACGGGGCCUUUCAGAUUUGAACUGCUGGGGGAAGCCAAAGGAAAAUGGAGACUGAAUACCUCAUAUGGUUACACAGUAGAUUUGAUGAAGGAGCCUAGCGUGUAUGCUGGCCCACACACAGUCGAGCUGAAGAUCUCUGACAUGCAAAGCCAGUUUGCCUUUUACAACCUCUCCGUGACUGUGUGCGACUGCUCUGUCACACCCAACUGCCGCAGCGACAGGGCCAUUGUCACGAAAAUGGGCUUCGGAGCUAUGGGCAUAGUGUUCGCCACGCUGUUCAUACUCCUGUUCUACGGUUUAAUUUUGACCCUUGUUUUCCAGAAACUGUCCUCUCUCCAGGCCACAGACGAGGAACUGGGAGACUAUCAGCCUCACCUCUAUGCAGAUGAGGGGGACUCUGACACCGUCUCAGAACUGGAGCACAUCUCCAUUCCUGAUGAGAAUUUGAACCCAAGUGCUUUGCAGGAUCUGGGACCCAAGUUCAACCAGCUGGCUUUGGUGUGCAAACCACAGCAAAUACAAAACUGA